UGGAUGAAAACUACCUUUCUUCUCCCAUUGAUUAGCACUCUCUCCUCCUCAUUCCUGAUCUCUCCUGCUGAGAUUCUAUCCUUCUCUCAAGUGCGGGGUACGGUCAACGGGAUAGUAAUCCCCCCCCCCCAAAUAUGGAUCUCCGCAAGAAGAAGAGAAAGGUUCUUCUGAUGGGGAAGAGUGGCUCGGGGAAAUCUUCUAUGCGAUCAAUUAUCUUCAGCAACUACGUGGCCAAGGAUGUCCGACGCCUGGGUGCCACCAUUGAUGUCGAGCAUAGUCAUGUCAAGUUCAUGGGGAACCUCACGCUUAACCUUUGGGAUUGCGGAGGACAAGAUGCCUUUAUGGAGACCUACCUCGCUUCCCAACGAGGCAACAUCUUCUCCGACGUUGCCGUCCUCAUCUACGUCUUCGACAUUGAGUCCCGCGAGGUCGAGCGCGACCUCGACACCUACAACGCCAUCAUCAAUGCCUUGAAGGAGUACAGCCCCAAUGCCCACGUCUUCUGCCUCGUUCACAAGCUCGACCUCAUUCAGGCCGAGCACCGGCAACGGAUCUACGACGAACGAUCCGCCAUGAUCCGCAGCCGGUCGGAGCACUUCUCCAUCGACACCUUCGGCAGCAGCAUCUGGGAUCAGUCUCUCUACAAGGCCUGGGCCGGCAUCGUUCACAAGCUUAUCCCCAACCUGACGGUCAUCGAGCGGUUCCUCCACGCAUUCGCCAAACGCGUGGACGCCGAGGAGGUCAUCCUCUUCGAGCGCUCCACCUUCCUCACCGUCACGUCCGUGUCAUCCGAGAUCGGCGACAUGAACCCGAUCUACGACCGCCACGAGCGCCUCUCCAACAUCAUGAAGGCCUUCAAGCACUGCGCCGCCCGCAACACCCACACCACGCCCGCGUCCGCGGGGUUCGUCGUCAUGCACACCAAGACUCCGCAGUUCAACGUCUUCCUCGGCCGGUUCACGGACAACACCUACAUCUUCUUGGUGGUGCCCCCCGGCGAAGCGGCCUACAACUGCGCCGUCCUCAACACCAUGCUCGCCCGCGAGGGCUUCUCCAAAGCGGCGGCCACCGGCCACGGCGAUGGAUUCCCGCUCCCUACCGUCGAAUCGCCCGACGGGACCAAUGGGGCGCAUGAUUGAUUUACCAUUAAAUCAAUGGACCAAGAGGUCAAAUUGACCUCCCUAUCAAGAGUUCAUCAGCAAUGACACGCGGUCCGUCCGAUGUGGAAGAAGCGUAUGCGCGGCUCUCCACCUUCACAUCCACCAUAACAAGGAGCAUAUCCCCCUGUCUAAAGGGGCCAAAAAGG